UUAACAGAGGGGAAACAUUAAUCAAAAGGAUUAAUGAAUUAACCAUCUUGAAUUUAUCAUAUCUACAGAUGGAGUACAAAUUAAGAACAGAAAAAUCAAAUAUCACUACAAUGAUGGAAUUUAUCCUCUUGGGGUUUUCUGAUAUUCCCAAUUUCCAACGGAUUCUUUGGGGGAUAUUUUUCAUCUUCUAUCUGACCAUCGUGAUGUGCAAUAGUGUCAUUGUACUGAUAACAAGAAUUGACCCUACUCUCCAGACCACCAUGUACUUUUUCCUCAACCACUUUUCCAUUUUAGAAAUCUGUUACGUAACUGUCACUAUCCCAAGAAUGCUCACGGACCUUCUGAACCAGAAAGGGCACGUUUCUUUCAUUGCCUGUGCUGCACAAAUGUGUUUGGUCCUUCUGUUUGGAGGUUUAGAGUGUCUCCUCCUGGCCGUGAUGGCCUACGACCGCUACGUGGCCAUUUGUAACCCUCUUCGCUAUGGUCUGAUCAUGAGCCCCCAGGUCUGUGUCCAGCUGGUCACUGCCUCCUGGGUCAGUGGAGUUCCUGUUGUAAUUGGGCAAACAUGGCAGGUUUCCUCUCUGCUCUUUUGUGGGUCUAGUGCAAUUAAUCAUUUUUUCUGUGACCUUCCCCCAGUAUUCAAGCUUGCUUGUGGGGACACAUUUGUGAAUGAGAUAGCAGUCUAUGUAGUUGCAGUCGUGUUCAUCAUGGUUCCAUUUCUGUUGAUUGGUGUCUCCUGUGGCAACAUCAUCUCCAACAUUCUGAAACUGCGAUCUGCCAGAGGGAGGACUAAAGCCUUCUCUACUUUCUCAUCUUACCUCACAGUGGUGGUCUUAUUCUAUAGCACAGCCUCUACCACCUAUUUACAGCCCAAACCAAAUCAAUCUGAAGAAACUGGGAAGCUAUCUCUUUUCUACACAGUUUGGAUCCCAACGUUGAAUCCCAUUAUAUUUACUCUGAGGAACAAAGAUACCACCGUAGCACUGAGAAAACUACUAAGUAAAUUAUCAACUUGAUUCGAAGGCUUGAAAUUACAGAAGCAAUUUGUUUCUAUGUUUCCCAUGCAAAUACAUCAGAAAAUAUUAUCUAGUUUAUUUCUAUAUUCCUAUAAACUGAAAGUUAGUAUCAUCACUGCCAUCUCACAUUAUGUGAAAGGACCUUAGUUUCUUUCUUUUUUUUUUUUAUUAUUUAAGACCUUUAUUAACAGGUGCUUGCAGUUUGUUGACUUUUUUUUUUUUAAAUCAAGCUGUAAACUUUUAUUACAAAUUAAAAAUGAGGUUCUUAAAAAUCUCAACUUGACUAGAUAUGAAACAAUUUAAAAACCUUUAAAGGUGUAUUGAGAAAAAACAGGCUUUUUUUUUUUUUUU